AGCUAGCAUUUAGAUUCCCCCUCACCACCUUCUUAGCCCUUUCAUCACAAAGAGAGUGAUCAUAACAAUUCUUCACUCACACAUUCUUUGACUUUUAAUUUCUAGCAUUGCCAAUCUACCCACUUUGUUCUAUCUACUCAAGUUCGCAAAUUCACCCAAAGAAAAAAGAGAUCGUGUAGUUGAGCAAUAAUUAAACCUUUCAACUGAAACAAACGCCAAAUCCAACUAUGUCUCCGUAUCAUGGACAUUCUUCUCAACGAUUCUUCAUUUUCCUACUCAUCCUCGCUUUCAGAGGGGUGAGAGUUACAGCCACAACAUUCACAUUCGUGAACAAGUGCGACCACACAGUGUGGCCAGGCGUUCUAGGAAAACCGGACAUCGGAACAACCGGUUUCGAGCUCAAGAGAGGAAGCACGCGUAGCUUCGACGCGCCGCCGGGUUGGUCGGGGAGGUUCUGGGGCCGAACCGGCUGCGAAUUCGACGACUCCGGCCACGCCACGUGCGCCACCGGCGACUGCGGGUCCGGCCAGGUUAACUGCAACGGCGCCGGAGCCACGCCGCCGGCCACCCUCGCCGAGUUCACGCUCGGCGAGGGUGCCCCGGACUACUACGACGUGAGUCUCGUCGACGGCUACAACCUCCCGAUGAUGGUGGACGCCAGCGGCGGCUCCGGCUCCUGCGCCGCCACUGGGUGCGGCGCCGACCUGAACCGGCGGUGCCCGGAGGAGCUGAGGGUGGACGGCGGCGACGCGUGCCAGAGCGCGUGCCGCGCGUUCGGGAAGCCGGAGUUUUGCUGCAGCGACGCGUUUAAUUCACCGGCGGCGUGCGCGCCGUCGAUGUACUCGCAGAUUUUCAAGGCUGCGUGCCCAAAAUCUUAUAGCUAUGCGUAUGAUGAUGCUACGAGCACUUUUACGUGCACCGCUGCUGAUUACACUGUCACAUUUUGUCCCUCUUCUUCUCCAAGUUUGAAGUCAUUAAUGGAAUCGGGGCCAGGAUCAUCGGUGGAGCAAGCAGCAGUAGCUACUACUUCAUGGAUAGCCAAUUUGGCCACAGGGGACUCCACAAGAAGCAGAAGCCAACCAUUUUCAGCUUCCAACUCUGCAUUUUUUGUGGCUGUCACUUUCAUUAUUUCCUAUUUAGUCUCAUAGACUUUGUGCUGUGUGUCCCUUUCACAAUGACAUCUUCCUCCUUUAAGAGACACACAAUGCAACUCAAGUAGGAUCAACAACAUCGAUUAAUUGGUGUAAAAAUACCAUCAUGAUUGUUGAAAUCUAUGUAAAUUACUACAAGCAUUUUAGGAAUCA